AGCCACUCAAGUUCUAGUAUUCUCAAACACCAAAAGUUAUCUUUUUCCUUCAACUUCAAGUAUUCUGAGAUUUUCUCUCUUGUUAAGCAUGGGCUUUCGUUUGCCUGGUAUUGUUCAAGCUAAGAAAGCUCUUCGACAUCUUCCCGGUACUGCUAACCAAGCAGCUCCAGGAGCCUUAGAUGUUCCGAAGGGCUACUUUGCAGUUUAUGUUGGAGAAAACCAAAAGAAGCGUUUUUUGAUCCCAGUAUCAUACUUGAACCAGCCUUUGUUCUUGGAUUUGCUCAGUCAAGCUGAAGAAGAAUUUGGAUAUGAUCACCCGAUGGGUGGUCUUACAAUUCCUUGCAGUGAAGACAUCUUCAUUGACAUCACUAAUCGCUUAACCAGGUCAUGAAAGAGUAAUGACUUCGUGCAUGGCCAGCUCCCAUAGUGUGACGUGACAUACUUGGACAUAGAAGAGGCUGAAGAGUUUUGUAGACAUUUAGAAUUUUUAUGUACACAACAAUUUAUUUCAUCUUUUUUCCUGCAUGGAAAUGCAGUUUGUUACAAAUUCUCACCAAAUUGAGAAUUAGAAAUAUGAGAUCAACUGAUUCUUUAAACUCUGUAAUUCUUUCAUUCUCUCUUAGACCUGCUAUUGAAUUGUUCACUUAUUUGCCCUCAAUAUUAUCCAAGGGUUAGAGUUUGGUCUGGCAAUCUCUAUCUGUCUUAAUCAGUAACAUGACUUGGUGUAACAAUGAGUUGACUCAUAUAUGUGGGGUUCUCUCUUAAUCUCACACUUCUUCUGCUUAGAGAUCCGUGGUCAAGUUCUCCAUCUGAAACUAGAAAGGAAUACUCUGUUUUUUUGUCUUAUUUUGAUCUUCCCGCUGCUUGUGAGUCAAGAAUUUACCCAUUACUUUG